AUGUCCAGCUCUCAUUUAACGAUCCAACAAUUCACUUACGAUCCUCAUACUAAUUUCAUCCAAUCUAUCAACGGACAUUCGGAAUUAUCUUCCGUUGUCAUGUACGAUGGAUCUCCUCUAUCGGAUUCUGUUAGAUCGGUACAAUCAUUCGGUACUUCUUCAGAGAAUCACCACCACCAUCAAGAUCCUGUUCGGGGCGAUGAUAUGAAAGAUCUAGAGCUCGAACUUGACAACAUCUAUCAAAAAUUUUCACAACCCCAUCUUGAGAAAGGCAAUAAUCCAUAUAGGAUAUACACUACAGCGAGGUAUUAUCCAAGUUUGAAAACGUUGGAGAGGUUCAGUAUCACUGCUUCUCCUAUUUCCGAUAGUGAUAUGAGUAUAGUCAACAUGAUGAAUAAGGACCUGAAUAAAGGUUUAAACAAGAACAUUGAUUGGUUUAGAGAUACUGUUGAUGAUCGUCAUCUCGGACACUUUCGACGUGAAGAAAGAAUCAUUUUCAACACGAGUGUCCUGAACUAUGAGAAUAAAGUCAAAAAUAUGAUCGAUUUGCACCAAGUUAUACCUGAAGAUUUCAAAGGAAUCACCGGAAUCGAACUUCCCAGUAAAUCACCGGAAUUAUCACCAUACUCUUCUGAUUCCGAAAUUGAACUUGAUAUCGAAGGUUCAAUCCCAGAAGAGGAAGGGGAAGCGAUCUGUGACACUUGCCAGCUACUCAGUGAAGGUCAGCAGGGUCAGACGGAACCUUCCAACAUCUCUUCUACGAACACACACCGCGAGCACCAACUUACUAAGAAACAGAAACAUGCAAACAGAUUAUCAAGAAGAUUGAAGUAUGUUUGGAAUACCAAGUUAAAUUGUUUCAACAAACUUGAUGUGGAUUGGGAAGAAGGUCAAUAUGGAAUGGUUCCUAGAAACUCGGAAUUGUUGUUUGAUUGA